GAUGAAUCUAGGCUGAAAAAGCCCUGAAUUUUACCCUAAAUACACCCAUUAUGGGUCAGAUGGCCAAGGGAGAGACUCCUAUAUCCUCAAGAACAAUGGAGGAUUGUGUAAUGAGCCUACAAGACCUGUUUUCAAAACAACUAUGUACUCCAAGGAAUUUCCAAAUACUGUGGCGCCACCUCCACAAAAAGGUGCCACUUCUUUCAAGUACAUCUCUGAUGGAAGUGGAAGGGACUUUUACAUCACUCAUAAUUCUGGAGGAUUGGAAGCACCAUAUAUCCCAGGAACAAAGCAUUCAGAUUCCCAUUUCAUCACCUCUUUGAGAUCUGGCAGUAAAUUUUUGGGUGCCAAAAAGCUAUCCACUCCUGCAGAGAGACAUAGAAUGAAGAAGUGCCAAUCUGCCCAACGUUUACUUGUUCAGAGAUUAACAGCCAAAUCUCAAGAAUGGAGAGAUAUUUCAAGAGAUAAUAAAAUGAGGUCUCUUUCAAGAGAAAGAGAGCUCCGCUCACCUCAAGCAGCUCAGCAUAACAGACUCAUGGAGUUCCAGGCUACCAGAAAUGAAACCCUCCAGAGACCUAUGCUUCUAUACAGCCAUAUGAAGGAAGCAUCCGGUCAUCAUACUAAUGUACCUAAAAUGAGUUUCCCUGUUUACGCAAGGUCAACAAGAAAUUUGAACUUCCAAGAUAAUGCAAACCCUUUACUCUAUGAUCAAUCUUCCAAAAUUGGUCCCCAAAUGGAAAUGACUAGAGUAAAACAGAAUGGCUUAAAGAAGAGAAAAUAUUCAGCACUUCUCUCCAAAACUCAAGGAACUUUGUUUACUAAAAAGAACAGUAAGAAGCAGAGUGCAGCUCCAACUCCAAGAAAGAACGUAUCAACAACUGGAAAAUUAUUAGGACGUAAGAGAGGGAAAAAUGAUAAAAUUAAGCCUACUGAACCAAAGCUGAGCCGCCACAAAGCAGCCUCUAAACUUAAACUACAACUCCCGGGUGAUGAAGAUUUUGACAAGUUAAACCACCAGAGCGCUACAACUAAGAAUUUAAGAAAAGAGUUACUGAAUUUAAGAAAGAGGAUGAUCAAAUAAAA